AUGUGGAAGCUGAAGAUAGCGGAGAGAGGAAAGGAUCCAAACAUUUACAGAACAAAUGAGUUUGUGGGAAGACAAAUAUGGGAGUUCGACGCCAAGGCCGGCACUGCUGAAGAGCGAGCAGAGGUUGAAGCCGCUCGCUCUAGCUUCUUCAACCAUCAUUUACAGGUCAAGACUUCUACCGAUUCGCUUUGGCGGAUGCAGUUUUUGAGAGAAAAAGGUUUCAAACAAACAAUUCCUUUGGUUCAUAUUGAUGAUGGUGAAGUGAUCACUCUUGAGAAGACAACAUGUGCACUAAGAAGGACUGCCCACUUCUUGUCGGCCUUACAAGCUAGUGAUGGACAUUGGCCUGCUGAAAAUAGUGGCCCUAUGUACUUCUUACCCCCAUUUGUCAUGUGUCUAUACAUUACAGGUCAGCUUAGUACCAUUUUCACUGGUGAACAUCGUAAGGAAAUUUUUCGUUACAUACAUUAUCAUCAGAAUGAAGAUGGUGGGUGGGGGCUGCAUGUAGAGGGCCCUAGCACAAUGUUUGGUACAGCUUUUAACUACAUUUGUUUGCGUUUACUUGGAGAAGAAUUGCCUAAAGAUGGUCAAGAUAAUGCUUGUGCAAGAGCAAGAAAAUGGAUUCUUGACCAUGGUAGUGCAACAAACAUACUCUCUUGGGGAAAGACUUGGCUUUCGAUGCUUGGAGUCUUUGAUUGGAGUGGUUGCAAUCCAAUGCCUCCUGAAUUUUGGAUUCUUCCUUCUUGUUCAGCUAUACAUCCAUCUAAGAUAUGGUGCUAUUGUCGAUUGGUUUAUAUGCCUAUGUCAUAUUUGUAUGGAAAAAGAUUUGUUGGUCCCAUCACACCACUUAUUCUACAAUUGAGGGAGGAACUUUAUGCUCAACCAUAUAAUGAAAUCAAUUGGAGGAAUGCACGUCAUCAAUGUGCUAAGGAGGAUCUUUAUUGUGAACGUCAUUGGGUACAAAAUUUUGCAUGGGAUAGUCUGUACCUAUUUGUCGAGCCUCUUCUGAGUCGUUGGCCUUUGAAAAAAUUUAUAAGAGAAAAAGCUCUUCAAGUAACCAUGAAGCAUAUUCAUUACGAAGAUGAGAAUAGUCGAUACAUUACUAUUGGAUGUGUAGAAAAGGCGUUAUGUAUGCUUGCAUGUUGGGUUGAAGAUCCAAAUGGUGACUAUUUCAAAAGGCAUCUUGCUAGGGUUCCAGACUUCAUAUGGAUUGCUGAAGAUGGAUUGAAGAUACAAAGUUUUGGUAGCCAAUCGUGGGAUGCUACUUUUGCAAUUCAAGCUUUUCUUGCAAGUAACCUUGUUGAUGAAAUUGGACCAACUUUGGCUAAAGGUCAUGACUUCAUUAAGAAAUCUCAGGUCAAAGACAAUCCUUCAGGCGACUUCAAAAGUAUGUAUCGCCACAUUUCUAAAGGAUCAUGGACAUUUUCUGAUCAAGAUCAUGGAUGGCAAGUUUCUGAUUGUACCGCAGAAGGUUUAAAGUGUUGCUUAUUGUUGUCGAUGAUGCCACCGGAGAUUGUUGGAGAAAAUAUGGAAGCUGAGAAAUUAUAUGAUACUGUUAAUGUAAUACUUUCUUUGCAGAGUAAAAACGGUGGUGAAGCAGCUUGGGAGCCCGCUAGAUCACCAGCAUGGUUGGAAAUGUUAAAUCCUCUGGAAUUUCUUGAAGAAAUUGUUAUCGAGCAUGAGUAUGUGGAAUGCACUUCUACUGCAAUCCAAGCUUUAGUACUAUUCAAGAAGCUAUAUCCAGGGCACAGGGAACAAGAAAUUAAGAUGUUCAUAAAAGGAGCUGUUCAAUAUCUGGAAAACAAACAAAGACAUGAUGGUUCAUGGUAUGGCAAUUGGGGAAUUUGUUUCACAUAUGCUUCGUGGUUUGCGCUUGGAGGACUAGCCGCAGUUGGUAAAACUUACAACAACAGUCCAACUAUGCGCAAGGGAGUUGAAUUCCUACUCAAAAAACAAACAGUUGAUGGCGGUUGGGGAGAGAGCUACCUUUCAUGCCCUAAAAAGGAAUAUGUAGCAUUUCCGGAAAAUAGAUCAAACUUAGUACAAACUUCGUGCGCUAUGAUGGCAUUGAUUCAUGCUGGACAAGCAAAAAGAGACCCAACACCUCUUCAUCGAGCUGCGAAGCUCAUUAUCAAUUCUCAGAUGGAAAAUAGUGAUUUUCCAGAACAGGACUUAGUUGGAGUUUUCAAGAUGAAUUGUGCACUACAUUAUCCAUUAUACAAAAACAUAUUUCCAUUAUGGGCGCUUGCAGAGUAUCGCAAUCGAGUUCUAUUGCCAUAAACAAAGAACAAGUAAAAGAUCGAAGCACUUAAUUAAUAAUUAAUGUGUGGUUAAAACUAAUAAAAAGAGUUGUGAGGUAAUAAAGCUCCAGCUUGGUGUGUACGUAAUUAUGAUUUAUGCUUAAGUAUAAGACAUUAUUAUGAGUACAAAUUAAUAAUAGACUUCAUAAUAAUAUCCAUUAUAAGAAGUCUUAAGCUUGAUAAUGUUCACUUUCUCUAUU